CGGUGGUGGGGGUGCAUGUGUUCGCUGGACCGUGUCUUGGCGUACCAGGCUCCGCGAUAGCGCGCCUUCGGCAGGAUUCUCUUCACCUACGCUACCCAAAAAUUUUCGUCAUCAGCGCUCUGAAAUAGUAUGAUAACCAAGGUGCGUAAGCUGCUGCGCCUGCACUGCUACAGUCACCUCGGGUGGAGCCUGCAGAUCCUGCAGGCAGUGGCGCCGCACUUGGAGGAGCUGGACGCGAUGGAGGCGGAGCGAGAGCAUCUGGAGGUGGUUCGCAACAUGCCGUCGCUGCGGAAGCUCCGACUGCGGACCAGCGACCUGUGGGAGGAGGCGCCGCCGCUGCCACCUCAACUGGAGGACCUGGACGUCUACCGCGGCAGCCUGGACCACACCCUAUCCAUUCGGCGCAUGCCCCGCCUCCGCAGGUUGACCGUGAGUUACUGCCGCAUGAAGUCCUUCCCGCCGUUGCCACCUCAUCAUCGCGGCCUGGAGUACCUCAACAUCCGCGGCAGGGGGUGCAGCGAAGACAAAGACAGCAUUCAUGUCCUUGAUCCGUGCCCACGGCGCCACCCUGCAAGAGCUGCACAUCUCGACCACCAGCCAGAAGCUGACCAAACCGUUGGCGACGGGCGACUUCUUCGAGGACCUGGGCCCCAAGCUGGGGCAGUGCGGCCUGCGUUCUCUGAAGUUCCUUGUUCUGUCGAGAGACCCCCCUUGAGGUUCCGUGACGAGGGCGAACCCAAGGGGCACAGCGUUCCGUCCUGCAAGCAGCAAGUGAAGGAGAUCACCGAGGCCCUCAAGGGGAGCAGCCCGAUCCUGAAGACAAUAAUUAUUUGUAGCAUCUGCGACAAGCACUGGCUCAAGUAAAAUUUCACUUGGAGAUUAAGUGAGGUACCUGACCCUCGGUUGUACUUUGUCACCUAAGUCAGUUUUGUUUCUUUCCAAUCUAGAAUUCAAAUAUUGUAUAGCAAGAAUUAUCUCACGUCUGUCCAGUAUCUCAUUUGUACCGGAUUUAAGAUCACUGCACUCGUUGCCUGUGAGAAGUUGACUGUCUUGGAAUUCUAUAAAUUGAUGCCAAAUUGUACUGUUAUCAAGUUCUGUGCAGUUUAUAAGGAAAGUUCUGUGCUAACAUAAUUUAGCUGCUUCAAACUGUGUGUGAGCACUGUUACUAAGCGGUAAAAAGUUUCUUUGCAGUAUGAAUUUUUUUUUCUGGCUCCGUAAAUGGAUAAAAAUGGAAGAAUCUGUAAGUUAUUU